GUCUGGACUAUGUACAAAUUGUAAAAUUGACUAUUUUUCCAGGGCCAGGAUGUGAUUUAUGAUUAAUUGAAGGUGAUUAUUCGAAUUUUUAAAGAAAUGGUUCCAUUUCACAUUGUGUGGGUAAAUAUAUACUGUCCAUUCCCGAGUCCACGCCAUUAGCGUUUCCAGCUUUGAGAAAACGGGUAGAAAAUAUAAAAUUGAGAGCAAGCAUUUGAACAGCAAAAUUUUCAAAAACCAAAAAAAUGGCGGGACAAAUUGUUUCAGUCGAUAAUCAGCAAUUGAGCGACGGAGCCAUGGCAAUGAGCGCGAUCGUGGACCGGUGGGAUGUGCAAUACGCUCGUUUCCUACGCUUUCCUCCUUCCUCGUCGGACUGUACUCAACUCCAUCCUUUACUCGUUCGACGUAAAUUCAGCAGAGGCGUCUGGAUCUCCACGUCGGCAUCGGACACUUCUAAGUCCUCCGGCCCAGCAACUGCCGGAGACGCUUCUCUCAAGCUCAUCGCCGACCGCUCCGAUGAUGCUAUUCUCAACCUCUCCGUACGUUGCAAAGUUAUCGAGGAGCACCGUAUUUCAAAGCUGAAUUUCACAUGGCCUUGCGUGUCCUGUGUAUCUGGAGUCCCACCAAGAGGAGCCAGAGUUGUUUUUGUGAGCUACAAAGAUACUUUUGGACAGGUCCAGAAAUUCACAUUGCGGUUUUCAGACACUUUUGACGCAGAAAGAUUCAUUGGUGUUGUUAAGGAAAUCAUGGAUGCACGGAAUGGGGUUCAAGGUGCAAAAUCGAAUUCUGAGCUAUCAUCUCAAUCUGAGUUCGUCCCUUCCAUCGAAGUUCCAUCCAGGGCGGAGGAAGAUUGUAGAAAUACAACUUCUGCUAACACUAGCACCUAUCAAGGGCCAGAGAGCUUAAGCUAUGAAGUUGAUACAGUGUUUGCACGAGAAGACUUACAGGAGGGUAAAGCUGCAGAAAUUCUUUCAGAUAUCAUCAACUCAAGUUUUGCACAGGAUGCUUUCUUGGAUUUCCCUCCAAGUUUUACAUCAUUCCUGCAGAAUAUUUGCCCUGCAUCUGAAAAAGUGCAAUCAUCUGCUCCUGUGGAAGUUGACCUAAAGAGCCAAGUAGUGAGGUAUCUGGAAGAUUCUUCCUUUCAAGAUCUGUUGAUCAAGGUGGAGAAAAUCAUCGGUGAAAUCGGGGAUACUUAAAUUCUGCAGGCAGCUGGCAAUCAGAAGGCGUGAAAUGUCGGUGCAGUAUUUGCAUUUUCAUUAUGUAUUUCAUGUUUAUUCUUUUACUAAGACCCACAAUUUCCCUUUGUAAUUUACUCCAUAGGAACAAGAACAACAGCACUUAGAUAAGAACAAGCUAUGUUAUUGUUGACAGUCUUAGUCUGCUGGAAAGUUACCUCCGCUAAUCGAAUGGUUUAGACUUUAGAGUUGCCAUAGGGUUAUAACUUGUGGAAGCCAAAAGCUAAAAGACCACAAGACUCAGAAGUAACUACUUUGUCAAUUAUAAUUGUUGGUCAUAGUCUCAUAAAGGUUGCAAGUAGUAUUUCUGAUGUAUAACUGUGAGUCAACGUAAGUGUUGAUGAUAGCUACAAAUUUAC